CAUUGUAAGUUCCAUGUAGGCAAACAGUUAUUAAUUUUCUUUCCCAUAAAAACCUUUCCUUUGCAAAAUUUAAGAGCCUUCAAAUUUCCUUCCUUCCUCCCUUCGAAUGUGACCCUCUCUCGCUGUCUCUGUCUCUGUCUCGGUCUCUGUGGCAAUGAAGAACAAGGUCCCUCGAAAGCUUUCGUUGGCAUGGCUUCCUCUUCUAUGCAUCUCUUUCUUCGCUUUCGGAGCAAUCCUCACCUCCAGAUUACGGGAUUCGACGCCGUCAUCGGAUUCCGGCAGUCAGCUCAUUUCCCAGCACAUGGGUGAUCACGAACUUCAGAUAGUUUCUGAUGACUGUUCUAAUAAGAAAAAAACAUCACAAGAUAAAGAUGUAAUGGAGGAAGUUUUGAGAACCCAAGAAGCAAUACAGUCGCUGGAUAAGUCGGUCUCUACGCUUCAGAGGCAGCUCUCUGCUACUUGGAGCUCCAAAGAGAUCGGAGAUGGCUCAGGAACAAUCUCUGGAUCCGAAGGAAAUCCAAGGAAGAAAGUUUUCGUGGUUAUUGGGAUUAAUACCGCUUUUAGUAGCAGAAGUAGACGCGAUUCAGUUCGAGAGACAUGGAUGCCUCAAGGGGAAAAGCUUGAAAAGCUGGAACGGGAGAAGGGGAUUGUCAUCAAGUUCAUGAUUGGCCACAGUGCGAAAUCGAAUAGUAUUUUGGACAGAUCCAUUGAUUCAGAAGAUGCUAAACACAAAGACUUCCUUAGGCUGGAGCAUAUUGAAGGAUAUCACGAACUGUCUGCAAAAACCAAAAUUUUCUUCUCCACUGCAGUUGCAAAGUGGGAUGCAGAGUUCUAUGUCAAGGUUGAUGAUGAUGUCCAUGUCAAUCUUGGUAUGCUAGUUUCAACUCUUGCCCAUCACCGUUCAAAGCCGAGAGUCUACAUCGGGUGCAUGAAAUCGGGACCUGUGCUUUCUAAAAAGACUGUCAAGUACCAUGAGCCCGAGUACUGGAAAUUUGGAGAUGAAGGAAACAAAUACUUCAGGCAUGCUACCGGGCAGAUUUACGCCGUCUCAAAGGAUCUUGCCACAUACAUCUCCGCCAACCUGCCGAUUCUGCAUAAGUAUGCAAAUGAAGAUGUGUCUCUCGGGUCAUGGUUCAUCGGUCUGGAGGUCGAACACAUCGAUGACCACAGCUUCUGUUGUGGGACUCCACCUCACUGCGAAUGGAAGGCAUUUGCGGGGAACGUGUGUGUAGCCACGUUCGAUUGGAGAUGCAGCGGAAUCUGCAAAUCAGUGGAGAGAAUGAAAGACGUUCACGAAAUGUGUAGUGAAGAAGAAGGAGCUGUUUGGAAUGCAUUUCUCCACCCGAAAAACACUCUCAAAUUUACAGUAGACCAGAAGAAUGAGAAUAAGAAUAAGAAGACACAAGGAGAAGAGGAAGAAGAAGAAUUUGUAGGGGAUGAGAGACGUAUACAACACUGAUAUUGUUGAAGGCUUAGAUGGAUGGUUCUACAUAUAGAUUGCCAUUUUUGGUUAGAGAGAGGCUUUCUCAUUUACCUUUACCAGUUGAACACCAUUAUUCACCAUAAUCUUGCAUAGAAUGAACUAUUUAAAGGUCAAAUAUCAUUUUCACUGAGAAUAUGAUUCUAUUGAUUUGAUUGUCUAAAAUACGACCAAUGUGGCUUAGCAAGGUACAAGAAAAAGGGGCCAAGACAAAACGUGUGAAGAAGAUCCUAAUUUUCCCCGUCGGAUUCCAUCCUCGUGAAUAUUUACAGUUGCGUAUUUUCUUUUCCCCCCCCCUUUUUUUUUUUU